AUGGCGGCGCAGCAGGAGGGCCAGUUCCUGCGCAUCGAGCGCCGCCCCGGCGGCUACGCGCUGGUGGUGCUGUGCCGGGAGCCGGUCAACACUAUGAAUCUGGCCUACUGGCGCCAGCUGACCGAGACGCUGGAUGAGCUGGAGGGCGACCCUGAGGUGCGCGGCAUCAUCUUCUGCUCCGGCCUGAGGCGCGACGUCUUCACCGCCGGCAACGACAUCAACGAGCUGUAUGCCCCGCUCACCUCCCGGGAGCGCUACAGGGAGUUUUGGCUGGUUAGCAACCGCUUCCUGGCUCGCCUGUACACCUCGCCCUUGGUCACGGUGGCCGCCAUCCGAGGCGCCUGCCCUGCUGGCGGCUGCUGUCUGGCCAUGUGCUGCGACUAUCGCGUGAUGACUGAAGCAGGGAGCAUAGGGCUGAACGAAGUGGCUCUGGGCAUCUCGGUGCCCAAGAUGUGGGCAGGGCUCAUGGCUCGCAUCAUCGGCAUCGGCCCUGCGGAGAGGCUGCUUCAGUUUGCGGUGAUGCUGCAGCCGGAGGCGGCCAAGGAGGUUGGGCUGAUUGAUGAUGUGGCGCCCAAGGAGGGCCUGCUGGCGGCUGCAGAGGAGGCCAUGGCACAGAUGCUGGUCUCCCCUGACUUCAGCCGUGCGGAAACCAAGCUGAACCUGCGCGGCGACUAUGCUCAGCAGUGGGCGGCGUAUGCAGAGCCGGAGGCCGAGGGCGCCUGGGAGAUGCUCUGCUCGCCGGCGGUGGUGGGCCAACUGGGCGCUGUGCUGGAGCGGCUGUCGGGCGGCAAGAAGAAGGCGUCGGGACACAGCAGGCUGUGA